AAAACACUCUUUCCCCCCACAAAAAAUUAGUCUGAGAAAAGUUUUUGUAUGUAAUAUAAUUUUCUAAAGGAAAAUAAUCGCGACGUUUUCAACGAGUAAAUCAGUGCGUCCACCCCGCUAUUAGCUGGAAGGCUGACGCUUUUGGAGCAGGCUGCCCCGGAAUCGCUAACAUUCCAGCUAGAAGCUGAAGAGGAGCCUGUCGGCCGGGCUGCAUUCGCGGAGCAAAAUCAAAUCCGGUCGGAGCACUGGAGCAAUCAUUAAUCAUUUAGAAAUCUAAAAACAACACCGUGUGCAUCCUCUGAGAAGCACGGAAAGAAAUCGAAACUCAACACAGGACGCACAUCUACCAUCUUCUUCACACAACUGUUCAAGAGCGAAGCUGUCAAGAUCUGAGGGUCUCAAGAAUGACGGUGCGACACGAAGACUCGGCCCAGUGGGUCGCAAAUUACUACGACGAUUCGAUGACGCGUACGGAGGUGGAAGAGAUCGUGGAGAAGACAUGGGCUACUAAUGAGACCGAGACAGCAACUGCAGACUUCUUCAUGGAUUCGUGCACUUUAAAGUGCAAUCCACCCCGUUCGCUUCCUAACGAAGCAGCAAUGGAGAAGAUCUUCCAAGAGUACAACUACUUGAAGGACUCGAGUGCGAUGGUGUACACACGCUGUAAGGCUGGAGACAACAAGCACAUCUUUCGUCGUACUGAUAUCCCCAACGGAAGCAAGUGGGGUUUUCUGCGAGGCCAAAACCGAGCUGCUGCACUUCGUAAGAUCGGACAUGAAAAAGGAAAAGAUGUCCUGGCGCAGGUGUUGAAGAAAGCGAAGAUCAAGGUACUAUCUUUCUAAAGAUUGUAUAUCGCCUGCCUAUACUUCCUUAUCUGAUUUCAUCUACCCACGCGUUGGACUUGACUGAUCGUCAUACUGCUAGACGUGUGUGCAAUAUGAAGAUACUUGUAUAACUAAAACUCGACGUGUAGUCAUCGCGUCUCUCCUCCACAUCCUAUCACCUCAAGCUUCCUCUUCCAACCACAACCACAGAUGAUCGAAUUCAGGAGUGACAUUUUGGAGCAUAAGGAGUUGUUGAACUUAUAUUGCAAGUUCGGGAAUAAAGAAGGCAAAGCGCUCAAGAGUCAGACUCAUGAGAUGGCCCAAGCCAUCCCCGGAAUUGUUGCUGGUUUGGCUUCGCAGGACGCGAAGAAGCGCGCGAAAAAAGUUGCUGUAUCUAUUAUCUCACAUUCGAUAACACUUAGACUUAUGUAGCAUCAAGAUCGAAAGUAGUAGUAGCUGUAGCAUCUUCUCAUCCAAUUCCAUCUACGUCUCCUGCUAAUGACUGAGUGGCGAAGCUGUUGGGUUCGAAGUCUAAAUCUAAAAAAUCUAAAGACUUUCCUUCCUUCAUUUUCAAUCCUACUUCCCCAACCACUACCACAACCAUAACAGGAGAUCUUUCCAAACGUCACUGCCGAAGAUGUGACGAACAUGAUCACGUACGGGAAUCAAGGGCUGUUUCAAGAGGGCAGCCUCACAGCAAAAUACGCGGUGGCUUAUCUUUGCGACGAUAAAACUGAUUCGAACCCGAUCAUGUCGUUCAUGAAGGUAGUGAUGUUUCAAGGUUUUCGAUUGUUAUAGCGAUAAGACAGCUCCAUGUCACCUCUUCAUCUUUUAAGAUUGAGGCACUCACUUUGUGAUAGUGAUUGGGACUGGGUUUGGUGCCGUUGUAAUCUCAGCAAUGUUUGGCGAACAUGGAUAUCUUUUAUUUCGUCACUCUUUGUGAAUGAAGAUCAGAAUGAGCGACAUUGUGGUUUCUACUAUAGAUCUCUUAGACUUGGCAUCUUCCUCUUCUUACUCAAAUAUCAGAACAAUGCGAGCAAAUGGACCAGAGAGUAUGCGGACGAGGAAAAAGAACUACUAACGGCUUUUCACAUCGUGGCGAGGUUCAGACAUGGCAUCGCCUUUGACGAUGACGAUGCCAUCAUUUUUCAACAACACCUGCUCAAGCACUUGCGUGGACUUGACCGUGAAGACCUUGAGGCCGUGGGUGCGGAGGUGCUGCUGCAGGCAGUAACCCUCAAGCGUGUUGCCGAUUUGGAGGCGAAAACGAAGCUGAAGGAGAAGGAGGCCAAGGAUUUGGAGGAGCAGACCAAGAUGAAGGGUGACUUGGACCAGAAGUUUGGAGAGGUGCCGCUCUUUUGGACCGACGACAACAGCGAUGCCACCAAGCUGGGCACUGCCGCCAUCAAGUUCGCUGAGGCCAUGAUCCCGGAGGGCUAUGAAAGAGCCCCAGGCAGUUUGGCGGUACUUUAUACUAUGACUGACUCCCAGUACAUCUAAUUCUAAAUAAUCUAAAGAGUAACUGAGUCGUUGUUUUUCCAUGCUUUCGUCGAUGGGCGGGCAAAUGUCGCUGGAGGGCAACAUCUUGCGCCUGUGCGUUUCCUCUAUGAAUGUGAGGGUGUGGGUUUGGCUCUGACACGGUCUGAUAUUCCUUUGGAGACGGCGCCAAGGUUCAACUUCAAGGUCAGUUUCAGUUCCAUGCUCAUACCAACGCUAAGGCUUUGUGCGCACGAGUGUUGCGUCAGACUCGAUCUACGCUCGCCACUUGUUGCGCCUGACCCUAGCGACCUCGCGGCUCCGUCGAUUACUGCGACUUCGACUUCUUUGGGGUGGACUCGUUCUUGCGAUAGCGACGUGUUGCGUUUCAGCACCCCGCACGACGAUGAUAGAGACAAUUAACUUUACCAUACCAUUUCCAGUGCCAGUCUCCUUAUCCACCUCCUCUUUGCUAUGAGAAUGAGAGUCAGAAUGAUUUAGGUUUUGACUUUAUGCAUAGGGAUGUCCACUUGGGCUUGGCAUUGAUGUUGAUUACACACUUCGCCUACUCCUCUUCCUCUAUCUUUUAAAUCAAAGUCACCAGCACCAACUCCAUCUCCAACACCAUUUCCAGAAUCUAAAUACUCUACGAAUACCAUCCAAACUUCAAUCAGGUUUUGCCGAAGCAGCGCGCACUAGUCCAACAGCUUUCCACCGCGAACGGUACUCCCUCGGUGGGCUGCCAGGUCGUGUUUCGUUCCGAGUGCAUCUCCUCCGCCUUGAAGGCCAAGCGACCGGGGAUUCUGGAGGAGUCCCAGGGCAUGAUCCAGAGCAGCGGUGUCAAUCCACCGCCAGACAGCCGCGAGAAGUUGGGGCGAAUGGAGAAGUCCGCCUUGAUCUACCUCGCGAGGAUGGAGAAGGAGAUCAAGUCGCAACGCGAGCGCCGUGCUGAAAUUCUCAAGACGCUUAAAGAGAACAAGAAGGCUGUGGCCGCCGCGAAAGCCACGCAAAGCAAGAAGGGCAAGGGUUCGAAGGGCAAGGUCUUGGCCAUCGAGGACGGCCAGAAGGCGAAUACUGCAGAAUUGAAAGCUGAUGCUACAGGGGUACUAUCGUUUAUGAGCAAGUCCUGAUGUAGAAGUUGUAGUAGACAGACUAAACUCUAGUCCUCUCGCCAAGUCUUAGCUCUACUCUGAUUCUGAUACUGAUACUGAUUUGAAAACGAGACUUCGACACUCCUUCCUCUACUUCCAAACUUUACACCUAUGCAUGUAUCUAUAAUGGGAUCAGAGUACUUCUGUCUCCACCAUUACGUUCUACUUCUAUCAGUAUCUCCCUCUCUCCCGUCUUUGCUCUAAACUAAAUGUCAUCUUUCAAUCUCUCACCACUGACAGGACGAUGGUGCGGACGAAGAUUCGAAGUUGACCGAGGCGGUUCGCAAGGACCAACUGAAAGAGAAUCCUGGUCGCUUCAAUGAACUCGACAAGAACGGAGAAAUCAACGAGUUUCUCGUGGCACCGCUUCCAGGCAAGAAGGCUGACACCAUGUACACUGCGCAGACCGGGGUGGUGCAGAACCUUGACGAAGAGGAGAAUACCACUGCCAAGCAGAGCGGUUACCGCGAGAGUCCACACAUUCCGGGUCUUGUCGAAGUUUGGGAUCCAUCGGAAGAGGAUUGGAUAUCCGAAACUGACAUUCUCAGCAGUACCGACUAUGACUCUCCGGAUUUGGCAGAGCUGUUGUGGCCUGGACGUAAACGUCCGCCGUACGUUUCUCUUGCUAAGCGUCCAGGUGAACAAGAAGCUCGUAUUGUUCCACGUGACGUCUUGAAAGUGGAUCCACUUUAUCAUUUGCACAACGCGCAGAUUUUCCAAGAGUUUCCACUGAGUGCUGCUUCCAGUGGCGUCGUUCUGGACUUCUGCUGCGUUCAGGUCGGCAAGCCAGGUGAUCCGCAUAACCUGUCGAAGCGUUGCGUGCGCUACAAAGCAUCACCGAAUGCCAAUUACAAGGCUGUGACGAACGUGUGCAUCUUCCCGGUUGAGGUCACCUUCUCCAUCUACGAUUACCCUGCACUUAUUCGCACUUGUCUGGAGUACAAUGACGAGUACAGGCCGACUCAUGGCAAGUCGUUUCCCGGUCGCCUUCCUUCUGACAACAUCUACAUCUCUGCCUGCAGUCACUCUUUCGAGAGUGGCGAUCUUGAUUGGGAAGUGGAUCCUUCGGGUUCGGAUGAAUAUGAUGUUCCUCACAUGACGGAUGGCAGUGGCAUUGGCAGUCCGACCCGUUCCAAGGCGGCCUCGCAAGAUGGUGGCGCGGGUGAGAUCCAUGAGGGCACGAAGGGUUCCGACCACGACGGCGCGCUUUUCGAAACUGACAUGAACGGUGGCAACGACGGCGCCGUCGACCUCGACGACGAUAAUCUAUGUGGCGCGAAGACCAACGAGGACGUGCCCAAAGCCGAGGACGUGUCCAAAGCCGAGGACGCAGGGAGCGAGACCAAGACCACGUCAGUCAACACCAACGACGACGUCAAGACCACGUCCGAGGACAAAGAUGGCGAAGACGAUGCAGGCGCCGCUGGUUCUGGUACGACUGGUUCUGGUGGUGCUAAGAGGAAGAUGCAGGCCAUGAAGACUGCCACUGCGCGCACCACCGCCUCUAAAUCGAAAACGGCGUCGACCUCGAACUCGAGUAAGACGAAAAACGCAGAGGCAGUUGCUGCUGACAACGGUGAGAAGGUGAAGAAACCUCGUGGCAGACCAACGAAGUCCAAGGCCAAUGAUGCGGAAGCCGCCACCGAGACCAAGGCCUUGAACCAGGAGAAGCCGGGUGAGACCGCAACAAAGCGAUCUGCGGUUCCGACAGGUGAUACGCCGCCGCGUGAAACGAAGAAGAUGAAGGGUGUGAACGCGGACGAGGACGUUUUGGGCAUGAACGCCAUGGAGGAUCAGGAUGGCCUUGUGCUCGGUAUCGGUCCUACGACUUCGAGUUCGACCAACAAGAAUACGUCUACGAAAUCGAAAACCGACGUGGCCGUGCGCACGUCUGAUCAGGUGAAGGAGGAUCGCGAUCGUCGGAUGCGCCAACGACUCAACGAGUCGACGGCCUCCUCGUGCGAAUAUCCCUCCCACCGAUUCAGCUGUCGCCAAACGUUCAAGAUCGUGGUACCGCUUCCGUUGGUGGUCAAGCGCAAGAAGGCCUCAGCCAAGAAUGGCGGGGACGCCGUCGCUGACGAGCUUGAGGCUGCUGGCUUGUUCUAG